AUGACAGAUUUCAAGACCCCCAUAGUGUUGGAUACUGGAUCUGGAUUAAUGAAAGCAGGGUUUGCUGAUGAGGACCUGCCCACCACCAUUUUCCCCAAUAUCAUUGGGGUGCCUAAAUAUGAGGAGGUUAUGAAUGGGCACUUUGAGCGAGAGACCUACAUAGGACACGAUGCUCAACACAUGAGGGGUGUGUUGGCCCUGAGGUAUCCAAUGAGGAACGGAAUCAUACACAACUGGGAAGAAAUGGAGAUGAUCUGGCAUCAUACAUUUCAGCAGCUCUGUGUGGAGCCUGAGGAUCACCCUGUGAUGCUUACAGAGGCUGCUAUGAACCCGCAGGAGAACAGGCAGCGGAUGGUGGAAAUCAUGUUUGAGUCGUUCAGCGUUCCUUUGACUUACGUGGCUAUGCAGGCAGUGCUAGCGCUUUAUGCAGCAGGAAGAACAACAGGUGUGGUGUUUGAUUCUGGAGAUGGUGUGAGUCACAGCGUGCCGGUGUAUGAGGGAUACUCUCUCCCUCAUGCCGUCCAGCGUUUUAACUUGGCCGGGAUGGACGUCACAUUGCAUCUACAAAAGCUCCUGCAGGAGCAAGGUGUGUCCAUGCGCACUUCAGCUGAGCUGGAGAUUGUGCGAGAUAUGAAGGAGAAAUACUGCUGUGUGGCACUAGACUAUGAGGCUGAGCUGUCCGGCGGGGGGGCAGCCAGCAGCCCGGUGCAUUACACUAUGCCUGACGGACAGGUCAUCUCCCUCAGCUCAGAGAGGUUCAGGGCUCCUGAAAUCCUUUUCAAGCCCGAGCUGAUAGGAAGAGAUCAUUACGGGGUACAUGAGAGCAUCUUCAGAUCCAUUCUUCAAUCUGACAUAGACCUACAACGGACCUUUGUAGGAAACAUUCUGCUGUCUGGUGGCAAUACGCUGCUGGCUGGGUUGCCUGAGCGACUCCAGAGCGAAAUUAAGAAAAUGGUGCCCAUGGACAUUGCAGGCUGUGUUCGAGUGACGAGCCCCAAGGACAGAGAUUUCUCUGUGUGGUGUGGGGGUGCAGUACUGGCCAACCUCUCUGCUUUUUCCUCAGCAUGGAUCAGUCAGGAAGAGUAUUAUGAGUUUGGUCCUCAGAUUGUCUUCAGAAAGUGCUUUUAA